GUAUUGUAUACACAUUUUGUUGGUAUUGGCUUUUUUUAGCUGUCUCCUUCACUAAAAACCCUGAGCUUGUUAGUCCUUCUCCAAUGGCGACUAUCUGCAAAUCCUCCAUCUCUCUGUUUUUUUCAUUGUCAUUGUUUGUUCUGAGUUGUGCUAUGGAUGAAGGUGAUAUUCUUCUAAGAUUUAAAGACUCUGUUAAUGACCCUUUAAACCUUCUUUCAAGCUGGUCUAAACACUCGACAAGUGAAUGUAACUGGAGUGGUAUCACUUGUUCAUCUUCGUCUUCUUCCAUAUCUUCUAUUAACCUCGUAAGUUUCAAUCUUUCAGGUUCAAUUUCAUCUUCUAUCUGUGAACUUCCUAAUCUUGUCCAUCUCAAUCUUGCAAAUAACCUCUUUAAUCAGCCUAUACCUCUGCAUCUUUCACAGUGUGCUACUUUACAGAGUCUUAAUCUCAGUAAUAAUCUCAUUUGGGGCACUAUUCCAGAUCAAAUUUAUCUGUUUCAGUCGCUCAAAAUUCUUGAUUUCAGUAGAAACCAUCUACAAGGAAGGAUCCCACAAGGCAUAGGCUCGUUGAAACACCUUCAAAUUCUCAACUUAGGAAGCAACUUGCUUUCAGGUCCUUUUCCUCUCGUUUUUUCUAACUUAACUCAACUUAUCAUUCUUGAUCUAUCUCAAAAUCCAUUGUUCCUCACUCGCAUUCCUCAUGAUAUUGCUAAACUUACUAAGCUUCAGAUGCUUUUCUUGCAAAGCUCUGGUUUUUAUGGUGAAUUAGUACCAAACUUGUUCCAGGGUUUAAAAAGUUUGGUCAUUUUGGAUUUAUCACACAAUAAUAUCACUGCUACUUUACCAAUAGUUGGUUUUUCUCUACCAAACUUGGUUUCUUUUGAUGUCUCAAGAAACAAGCUUUCUGGAUCAUUUCCAUGUGGUAUAUGUGAAGCCAAAGGUCUUGUCCAUCUUGGUUUGCAUAGAAACUUCUUCAAUGGUUCAAUACCUAAUGACUCCAUUAACAAGUGCAUGAAUCUUGAAACUUUUCAAGUUCACGAUAACUUGUUCUUGGGGAAUUUUCCUUCAAGGUUAUGGUCGUUGCCCCGGAUAAAGCUCAUCAGAGCUGAAAACAACAACUUCUCUGGAGAAAUUCCUGAUUCCAUAUCAAAGGCUGCUCAGUUGGAGCAGGUUCAGAUUGAUAAUAAUAGUUUUACUAGUAAAAUUCCGCAUGGUCUUGGGUUGAUUAGAAGCUUGUACAGGUUUUCUGCAUCUGUCAAUGGUUUGUAUGGUGAGCUUCCUACAAACUUGUGUGAUUCACCAGUAAUGAGCAUUUUAAAUCUGUCACAUAAUUAUCUUUCUGGAACGAUUCCUGAAUUGAUGAAUUGCAAAAAGAUAGUCUCGUUAUCACUAGCUCAUAACAAUUUCAUUGGUGAAAUACCAAAAUCACUCGGUGCACUGCCUGUUUUAACAUAUCUUGAUCUUUCCCACAAUAAUCUCAGUGGUCAAAUUCCACAAGAGCUUCAGAACUUGAAGCUUGCUUUAUUUAAUGUCUCCUUCAAUAGACUAUCCGGUAGAGUUCCAGCUUCAUUGAUUUCUGGCCUUCCUGCUUCAUUUUUACAAGGAAAUCCUGACCUUUGUGGUCCAGGAUUCUCCAGUUCUUGCUCACAUGAAAAAACAAUUCCUAAAGAUGUUAAUCUUUCAAAAUUAACAUCUGUCUUAAUUUCAGCUGUUGCAAUUUCUUCCAUAAUUGCUGCUGCUGUUGGAUUUUACAUAACAAGGCGGUGUAGGAAACAAAGAUCCGAAAUGAAUGGUUGGAGAUCAGUUUUUUUCUACCCUUUGAGAGUUACAGAGAAUGAUGUGAUGAUGGAAAUGUGUGAUAAGAAUGCUAGAGGAAAUGGGGGAACCUUUGGAAGAGUUUAUAUCGUAAAUUUACCAAGUGGGGAGUUGAUAGCUGUGAAGAAGUUAAUGAAUUUCGGAACUCAUUCUGAGAUAAAAACUUUAGCAAAGACGAGGCAUAAGAACAUCACAAAGAUUCUUGGAUUUUGUUACUCUAAUAAUGCGAUAUUAUUGAUAUAUGAAUAUGUAGCAAGAGGAAGCCUAGGGGAUCUGAUUGGGAAACCUGAUUUUGAAUUACCAUGGAGUGUUAGGUUGCGCAUUGCCAUUGGAGUAGCUCAAGGACUCGAAUAUCUCCAUAAAGAUUACCUCCCUCAUUUACUUCAUCGAAACCUGAAAUCAACUAAUAUUCUUCUUGAUGCUGAUUAUGAACCAAAAAUGACCGAUUUUGCUCUAGACCUGAUAAUUGGAGAAGCUGCAUUUAAGUCAUCUUUGGGUUCAGAUGCUUGCUGUUAUUUGGCACCAGAAUGUGGAUACACGAAAAGGGCUAGUGAGGAAAUGGACACAUACAGCUUUGGUGUAAUCCUACUUGAGCUUAUAACAGGGCAGCGAACAGACAAGGCAGAAUGCGGUGAUGUGGUGAAGUGGGUAAGAAGGAAAAUAAACAUUAGAAAUGGAGCACUUCAAAUUAUUGAUCCCAAAAUUUCAAGUGCUUCACAACAUGAGAUGCUUGGAGCUCUAGACAUUGCUCUGCGCUGCACAUCUGUAAUGCCAGAGAAACGACCUUCGAUGGUCCAAGUUCUUAGGAUACUGCAUUCUCUCCAUUCAACAUCCAACCUUCCAUAUAUCCAUCAACCAUCCACUUCCACUUCCACUUCCACCCAUACUCAUUCUUAAUUCUGCUCAAAUUCCCCAUAUAUUUUACUAUUUUGAAAUGCAUUUUAACUAUCCAAGUUCCCCAUAUAUUAUAUUUGGUUCUAAAUACGUCUUCUUUUUUUUAAACAAAGGAAUGAGGAGUUUUUGUACUUUACUUGAAUGGUU